CUGCUUAUCAGCAGUGACGUUUGGCCAAGGUAAGCCUCUUCUCUUCUCGCUUGGAACUCUUUGCACGCCGCUAUGCGGGCAACCAUUGGAGCCACUGAUUUCUUCAACAACAAAAAAAAUCUGUCGGAGCCACUUGAUUUAUUAUGGUUUCAGAGAGAUGAGAGUGCCGUUGAACACUGUCAGCUCGUCAAUCUAGCUAGCUAGCUAGCGUCCUUUGGAAUUUUGGCGUUCGUCGCAAACAUGCAUCGAGGGGAGGCCAUCGAGGACGUUGUCAUCGUGGGCGCCGGGCUCGCCGGCCUCGCGACAGCCCUCGGGCUCCACAGGUAUGGUAACACACACAUGUUCAUCUGCUGGUAUCCGCGCGCAUGUCUUGUGGCGGCGCCGAUCCGAACCUCGCUGGAUCCACUGGAAAAUCCGAUCCCCGGGUUCGGGAACUCGUGCGCCGCGCAGGAAAGGGGUGAGGAGCCUGGUCCUGGAGUCGUCGCCGGCGCUGCGGACGGCGGGGUUCGCGUUCACGGCGUGGAGGAACGCCUUCCGGGCGCUGGACGCCCUCGGGGUGGGCGACAAGAUCAGGGAGCAGCAUCUGCAGGCGCAGGCGUACGUUCCUCCCCCGCCCUAUCUCCAAUCUCUCCUCCCGAUCGAUUCAGUCGUGCUCCCACCUCCCAUUGCUGCAGGCUACGCGUCAUGUCUUCGUCUACCGGGGAGGUCGCGCAGGAACUGGACCUGACGGCGGUGCAGAAGAACCGAUCAGGACCCAAUGAGAUCCGCUGCGUCAGGCGGGACGCGCUGCUGCAGACCUUGGAGGAGGAGCUGCCACGAGGCACCAUCCGCUACUCCUCCAGGAUUGUGUCCAUCGAGGACGGUGGCGGCGUCAGGAUCCUGCGUCUAGCUGAUGGCUCGACUCUGAGGGCAAAGGUGCUGAUUGGGUGCGACGGGAUCAACUCCGUGGUGGCGAAAUGGCUGGGCCUCGCGGAGCCGUCCUACUCGGGGCGCAUGGCGGCGAGAGGCCUCGCGCAUUUCCCGGACGGCCACGGCUUGGAGCCCAAGUUCCUGCAGUUCAUCGGCCGCGGCUUCCGCUCCGGCAUGCGACCCUGCAACCAGACUGACGUCUACUGGUUCUUCACCUGGACUCCUUCCGAGAACGAUAAGGGCGUCAUCGAGAGUGGCUCAAAGCUGAAGCAGUUCGUUCUGGCCAACCUCACGGCCCUGAAGGUGCCUCCAAUGGCGCUGGCGGUGAUCGAGAGGAGCGAGACGAGCGAGGUCUUCGCGGUGCCGCUGCGGUUCCGGCCGCCGCUCUCGCUUCUAACCGGAAGCAUCAGCAAGGGCAGUGUCUGCGUGGCCGGCGACGCGCUGCACCCGAUGACGCCGGACCUGGGCCAGGGCGGCUGCGCCGCGCUGGAGGACAGCGUCGUCUUGGCCAGGUGCCUGGGCAAGGCCGUUCUCGGCGACGGCGCGAGGAGCGGCACGGAGAGCCAGAGGAUCGAGGAGGGAUUGCGAGAGUACGCUGGGAUCCGGCGAUGGAGGAGCGUCGAGCUCGUUGCCACGGCCUAUGUGGUCGGUUUCAUUCAGCAGAGUAACAAUGCCAUCGGAGGCUUCCUGCGGGACAAGUUUUUGUCAGGGUUCCUCGCGAGACGGCUUCUGAAGAUGGCAGAAUAUGACUGUGGCACGCUCUGGAGCUGUUAAUUAGGCGACCCUAAUGUAUUUGGCAAAGCAGCGCAUAGAGGUGGGGUCCACAGCAGGUCGUCCAUAGUUAUGGUAAAUACCAUGGUAAAAGUUAUAUUGGGUGCCACCGAAGGUUAAAAAAAAUCCACACGGUUCUGCACUUUUCGUUGGCUAGUUUUGUUUGGCUACUCUAUGAUACUCCUUUCAAUACAGUUAUGAUAGCUAUAUUUUCACUCGGUAUAGUGACCAAAGGCACCAAAUAUGUUUAUCAA